UCCGCAACACGCGUGUCGAGAUUACACGCGUCUCCGCUCGUUCGCUGUACGCGAGGACUCGCAUCGAACGCACCCUCCACUAACGUCCGUUGCGCUCGUAACGAGUGGAAAGGACACGUUAAAACGUCCUCGUACGCUCAACCGUUGGGACCGCGUAGUUUCACCGCCGCAUUGUUGGCUGUUUACAUCCAGCGACGAUGUUUAAUACGCGGGAUAAAGUCAAAUAUCUACUAAGCCUCGUCCCGGGCAAACAACGUCUCGGUAACUACAGGUUUCUCCCCAUCUUCUUUUGCGUCGGAGGUGUCAUGGAGUGGAUCAUGAUCAACGUGAGGAUAGGAAAGGAGACUUUCUAUGAUGUCUACCGAAGAAAACAAUCUGAGCGGGAAUACCAGCAGAAGCUCGCAGACGGUCUGGUGGUUCCUAAUGAGACGGCAGCCAAGUGACUUGAUGAGGAGGACUAAGGACACGUGGGACUCCUGACGCGCGCUGCUUUGUUUCCAGCAGGCCGGACUGUACUUCACUUCACCGUAUCACAGUUACUCUAUGAAGGAGUCAACGGUGUAAAGAGGAUGCAGAGGCAUGCAAGUGUAUCUUUAAUAUAUGAUGUUGAGUUGAAGAGGCAAAAAAAGCAAUAGGAGUAAUAAUAAUCUCAACAAUGGUCUCGUAUUGAUGUAAAUGUCAUUGCAUAGCCCUUCACUGAAAAAAAUGUAAUUUCAACAAAAUAAAUUACAGAAAGUCUUUGUAUGUAGAAACACUGAAAUCUGCCAGUAAAUAACAAACUAACUUUGAAUAAAUAUAGUUUUUCUGUAACCCCGUGACUUUCUGUCCGCUUAAAAGAGAUCUAACACUGUACAAUAGAAUUGAGGAUGUUAACUGUAACAUAAGAACUGCCUUUUCUAAACGCUUCGUCUCCGUCAGAUCCGUUAUUUUCAGUUGCACCAUUUGAUGCAGACCGAUGAAGCUGUUUGGGUGCAGCGUGACGGGGUUCCCGUCCAGCGUCACCUCCUCCGUGUUGGUGCGGAUGUGGUGGCUGGAGUUUCCUUUGCAGAAUGUCUCGUGCGUUAUCGCUGAGAUCUGAUUGUUCUGCUCAACACACACGCUGCGGAGAAAACAACCUCCAGAUGUAGAGGUCUAUUUUCUGUAGAAUAAGACCGCUUGUAAAUAGGCUGAUGGAGUAUUUUGUUUAGUGCUGAUUCAUUAAUCAUGGUGGAGUUUUGGUGUGCAGCUGAAAUCCCUUUUGUGUAUUAUGAUAAAACAUUCUACCAGAGGGAGAGUUACGACGGGCAUCCUUAACCCUUUCCAUUGGGUGUCUUCUUCUGUUUCCUGAUGAAUACAGGUUCCAUUCUCAUUAUAUGUGAGGUAUCCCAUGCAGAGAGAUGAUACAACUAUGAACAUUCAACGUUUAUAUACUGAGUGGUCACCUAUUGCUUAAAUGUAGAAAAUAACGAUUAGUAAAUUAAUUCAUUAGUAGAUUAGCAGAUAACUCAUUUAUUUUGGUCAAAAGUCACAAAUCCUCUUUUAUACAGAAAAAACAUUUCUCGUUCCAGAUUCUCAAAUGUGAGGAUUUUUUUUUUCAUUUUACAAUUUGAGCAAUAUCUGUGGAAUUUGCACCUUCAAUUACAAGAUGUUUCCCAGCACUCACUAUUUUAUAACAUUUGAUUAAUUUACGAUUCAUUUCUUUCUCUUCCUUGUGCUAUGGGAAGAUUGAUCUUUUUGUUAAACCGAUUAACUUCCCUUGAGCAAAUCGCAGACUGACCUUUACCUUUGACCUUGCCCACACAUAAAGAGUCUCAGUCACUGAUAAUAUGCAUCCACACAAUAACAACCAAUAAGAGCCUUCUAAUUUCCUGCCCAUAAUUGUUUAUUUAUUUAUGCAACGUGUCUAAAGGCAGACAUCCCCCCAUUUUAAAGCACCAAGGCUUGAAAUGUUUUGGCCUUUCGUGGGUAGCAACAAUUUUGUAUUCGUUGAAAGCAUCUUAAGUUAUCAUGAAUUAUUCUCUAAAAUAUUUUUUUUAAUUAAAAAAAAAACACAGCGAAAAUUACCCUAAAAAAGAAGAU